AUGUCCGAAACCGAGCACGAUUCCUUGACCGUGCAGGCGGUUAAUUCGGGAUCCGGCAAUGUCGCCGUUGGAAUUAGCAUUAUCGUGUUCAUGGCCAUCGCGCUUUACAAUGCGAUCGAGCUUUCGGUGCUGAUUCCGCUCAGUUUCCACCGCUACAGGAGUCUCUACUUCUGGGCGCUUUUGACCUCCGCUGUGUUGGGUGUAAUUCCCCAAACGAUCGGGCAGGGCCUGCAAUAUUUUAAUCUCGAGCCGUUGUGGCUGAGCAUGUUCCUCUCGAAUUUCGGCUUUGUCUUUCUCGUGCCGAAUCAAUCUGUCGUGUUAUACUCGCGAUUACAUCUGGUCUCACAGAAUCCGUUCGUGUUGGGCUUUGUGCGGUGGUUGAUCGUGUUUUGUUAUAUCACGAUUGUCAUACCCACGAUAACACUGAAUGUCGGCUCGAGCUUCGUCCCGCAGUCUACGGCAUGGGUGAAGGGAUUCGACGUUAUGGAACGGAUACAAGUGACCUGGUUCACGGCCCAGGAAAUCCUUAUUUCAACUAUCUAUAUCUGGGACACGAUACGGUUGAUUCGGUUGAUUCGGUUGGUUCGGUCGAGUCCCGAGGCGGAUGCGCGUCGGCAUAAAAUUCUUUAUGAGCUGUUGGCUGUCAAUAUCGCGGCUAUUGCGAUGGAUUUGUCGCUCGUUAUCCUGCAGUAUAAGGGGCUUUAUUUCACGCAGAUUGAGCUGAAACCGAUGGUGUAUAGUAUCAAGCUUAAGCUUGAAUUUGCUGUGCUGGGGAUGUUGGUUUCUCUGGUGCAAUCGCAUAGCUCCAGUUCGAAUCCGCCGACGUGGGGGGCCGACCGUACUACCGCGGAGUAG